AUGUGGGGACUUAGAAAUGUUGGAGAGAUUGUCAACGUUCAAGAAGUUUAUGAUGGUUACCCCAACAUAUUCUCUAUUGAACUUCAUCACGGAGGGAGUUUCACAAAGUUUCCAAAUAUCAGGUAUAUUAAUGGCCAAGUAAGGUACUUUGAUGUUGUCGACAUUGAUGAAUUUUCUGUUCAUGAACUAGACUUGAUGAUGAGAGAAUUAGGGUAUGAUGGUAACGAUGAUGAUGUGCGUAAUCUCUCACAGUAUGUUACCCAUAAUAACAAAAUGAUUAAAGUGUACACAGAGCAUGGUCAAACGAACUUGCUUACAUAUUUUAUGUCCCCAACUGGUCCAAGAAGGGUUAUAAUAAAAGACAUGGAUAAUCAGGGUCCUCUUAGACCAUCAUCACCUGUAGUUGCUCAUGAAGUGGUAACUCCAAUCCAAAUUGAUGUUGGUGAGGGUGAUUUAGGGUUAGCAUUAACCUUAUACAAAUCAGCAACACCUGAAUUUAGUAGGUCUAAAGGUUGGAAACAUAGUAAAGGGGCAUCGUCUUGUAGUAGAAAUCUUAACUUGGAUUGGGAAGGUGGUGAAAAAACAAUGGCAAAUGGUGAAGUUGAUAAAGGUAAGGGUGUAGAAGGAUUUGCAGAUGAAUUUGUUGUAGUUGAUGCAGAAAAAGAGUUAAACAAACAGAUUGAUAUGAAUAAAGAACUUGACAUGAAUAAAUCCAAUGGUGAGGGUGUAGAAGGAUUUGCAGAUGAGGGGUAUAGAGUUGUCAUGGAUAAUGAUCCUCAAGGAGUCAAUGAAUUUUCAACUAACAUCAACAUAGAUGAUGAAUUAAUGACAAACUUUCAACCUUUCGAAGGGUUUGAAGACCAAGAUAGCAUCCCAUUUAAUGGGUUUGAAGGCCAAGAUAAUAUUCCUUUCAAUGAUGAGUGGAGACAAGAGAAGCCUGAUGACAUUGAGCUUGAGAAUCAAAACAGUGAAGAUGAAGAUAGUGACUUUAUGAUUGAUGAGGACAACAUAAUUGAAGAUGUUGAGGUUGACAUGGAGGAUUUCAAUCUAAAUAUUGAUACAGAAGCAGAGUUCAAUGGAUGUCAAAGUUUGGGUGGUCAAAGAAAUGAAGAUAGUCAUGAACAAGAGGAUUUGGAGGUAAUUGAUAAUGACGAGUGGGAUUCACUAAGUGAUGACUCAGGGGACAACAGGAAAAGAAGAGAAAUGAUCAAAGAGCUGGGGAAACAAACCUUAUGUUUAGCUGGUGAGGUGCACAAGGUAGCUUUUCAUAUUGGGCAGAAAUAUAAAGCCAAGAAAGAAUUGAAAGAUAAAAUUGACCUGCAUGCUUUAGAGACACGGAGGAAUAUCUCAUUCAUAAAAAACGACAAGAGUAGAUUAACAGCUGUUUGUGAUGGAACUGUAGUUUUAAAUGCAAGUGGGGUAGGUGGACCUACCUCUGGGAAAAAGGUAAAGGGUAAAGAUGUAAACUCAGAUAAAGUUAAAUGCACAUGGAAACUUCAUGCAUCUAGGUCAAGUGAACAGGACUAUUGGUUUAUUAAGACCUAUAAUCAAAAACACAUCUACCUCCAAACACGAAAAAUCAGAUCUUGCACAACAACAUUUCUUUCCAAACGUAUUAUGGAUGAGAUUGAAGCUAAUCCUGGACUGCAUGUUCAUGCCUUACAAGAGCAACUCCAAUCAAAUUAUGGAGUUAGAAUUUCAGAAGAGAAAGCAUUUAGGGCAAAAGCAUUAGCCACCAAAAAUGUUGCAGGGGAUUACGUAAAGCAAUAUGCAGCUUUGAGAGACUAUGUACUAGAGCUACAAAAGACAAAUGAAGGUACAACUAUAAAGAUUGAUGUGGUUUCUGAACCUGUGGUUUCAUCCCCAACCAAGUAA